AUGAUCGCCAGUGGGAAGCGCCUCUCGUACAACGAGGGUUACAAGAUGGGAGAAGGCUCAACUUACUUCACCAACGCAGAUAUUCCGCCCUACCUCGUUGAAGUGAUUAAUGGGAUGAGCAAUACCGUUGUCAUCACUGCUCGAGAUGUAUGGUUGUUUGUUAAUGGCGCAUUGGACAAAUACCAUGGGACCCCUGAGUGGCCUGUUUUCUAUGAGGAAGAGGAGGGGCCAGUGGAGGUUCAGCUCAACUCUGAUACGAAGGAAUCCUCAUCCUGUUUCGAACGAGUCGCCAAGAAUGAGGCGGCUUCUGGAAAAGACGUCAGCAUGGCUGAAUUAAAGGAUUCCGCAUCCACUGUGUCUAAGAAGCUGCAAAAAAGACAUAAACGGCGAACGAACGUUGCCAAAAAGGGCGAUCGCAUUAGGUCUUCACAUUGA